UCCGGUGUUGUAUGGGGGAGAAAAUUGUUAUGACAAAAACGUGAUAUUCACUUUACAGUCUUUCCCUAUCUUCUGAGUCAUCUUUACAUUAGUGCGGUAAAAUGAUACUAAAAUUACUACACUGAAGUUUUUACUAAACGUGUGGCUCCGUUUGCUCCACGCGCUGGUUUACCUGCUAGCAGGUUGUAACCUUGGCGUGCAAGUCUGUAGUUUUAUCAAGGGUUUGCUGUUCUUAGAAGGUUUAUCUACUGAAAAAUAAAAAUGCUAGGGUUGUGUCGAGGACUAAGCCAAUCCCCAGUCAAGAUCCUGACAGAAGCAACAGUUUUGUCGCCAUGUCUGUGGUUUGUGCCUGCACGCUGCAAAUUCACAAAAGCAAGAAUUCCUAAAGAGAUUUUUGUCGAGAGAUCCAAAGAACAUGACAAAUAUGGGGGAGAUCCAGAUCAACCACAUAAACUGCACAUAGUAACACGUGUAAAAAGUGUGAUGCGAAGACCGUACUGGGAGAAAGACAUGGUGAAAACGCUCGGGCUUACAAAGGCACAUGUACCUGUGAUUCACAAAAAUACACCUGCAGUCAACAGCCAGCUGAAAUUUGUCAAGCACCUCGUAAGGAUCCAGCCACUGAAGACUCCUUAUGGACUCCCUGCUGAAGAAGACAUGGCUGAAACCUACAUCAACAGCAAAGGAGAGCUGAUUGUUCGUCGUCUACUUAAACCUGUCGAACCAAAAGCUAUCGAAUCUUAGCUUUGCUCUCAGUCACAUCUGUUUAUAGUUCAGCUGUUCAUGAAUAAAACAAAAAUAUUGUGCUCACUACCUUUCUGCUCUGACAUUUCAGUCACAUAUGAUGUUAUUCUGACUUCAGUUUAAAUUAAAUACUUUUUGAAGUGA